AAUAUAUCGCGCUGCUUGAAAAAAAAAAGUGAUUUAAGUGAAAAUAAGUAAGUUCCCUUUGUUAUACUAGUGUUAUUACUUGACAGUGAUCUGUCCGUUAAAUUUUAGUGGAUAGCCGCUAUAACUUGAGCGGCGUCCCUUAAUGUAUAUAAAAUUCCCCACCUAUUCUCCACUUCGUCGUAUAACUCGAUCAGGAAGCUACAGUUCCAAGUUGGUUUAGCCUUUCUCGUGAUAAAAUUUGUGGUGUUUUUCUUCUUCCCUUUCUGUUCCAUUUUCUCUUCCUCCUACGUGUCGUUCUCCAGGUUAGUAGACCUUUAGAAUUUACAUACCUUUUAUGCUAUCCUUUCCAUAUUAUAACUGCGUCUUUAAGAAACGCCGCUUGCUUAGAUUGUUAUUUCGCACCUCCUUCUAAGGGUUUCUUCAACGAUGGGCCAGCCAUCGUUUCAAGCUUCGAAUGCCAUCAUAUACCUCACAUAUGGCUCUUUUCUCUUAUUGGGAACUGGAUUGGCCUGGAAGAUGAGAAACCAGUCCAAGGCCAAAUUCCUCGCAGGAAACAGAACUCAGUCUGCGUUUCCUUUAUCACUAAACUUCAUCGCUGCUGCUAUGGGUUCGGGAAUUUUGUUCUCUUAUCCUCAGCUAGCUACUCUUGCUGGUGUCCAGGGGGUAGUUGUCUAUGCUAUUGCAUCGGCUUGUCCACUGCUGAUAUUUGCGGCUCUUGCACCUGCUAUCCGUAGGAAGUGUCCGGAGGGCUUCGUACUCACAGAGUGGACAAGGCAGCGGUAUGGCAUAAUGACGGCGCUCUAUCUAGGCGCUCUGACCCUCCUCACACUGUUUCUAUAUAUGGUGGCGGAGCUUUCCGCAAUCGGUCAAGUUGUUGAGGCCUUGACCGGACUGGAUGGUCUUCCUAUUGUCAUCGUCGAGUGCAUCGUCACAACAAUUUAUACAUCUCUCGGAGGGUUCAAGAUCUCCUUCAUUACCGAUAAUAUCCAAGGCGCCAUGAUCUGCUGCCUGAUCCUUGUGGCUACGAUCACCAUUGGUGCUAAAACAGAGAUCAAGCGAGAGCUGAUUGUCGAUUCUGGCCUUCUCGAUCCCAGCCUAGUAGGAUGGCAGCUCGUAUAUAUAUUGCCCGUUGCUGUCCUGACGAACGACUUCUUCCUCGCCAAUUUCUGGCUUCGUGCUUUCGCCUCCAAAACCGACAAGGAUCUCUGGAUCGGCGUUUCGGUGGCCAUGAUUGUCAUCCUGGUCGUCCUGACACUAGUUGGCUGUACUGGCCUGAUUGCUGUUUGGUCGGGUGCUUUCCCCGCCGAUGGCGACGGGUCUGUUGCUUUCUUCCUCCUGCUCGAGCAACUACCUAGCUGGGUGGUGGGGAUUGUCCUAGUUAUGUCGGUCUGUCUGAGCACCGCAUCGUUUGACAGUUUACAGUCCGCUAUGGUAUCCUCCGCGUCUAACGACAUCUUCCGCAAUCGCCUUAACAUAUGGUGGAUCCGUGGCGCUGUUGUCCUAAUCAUCUUCCCGGUCGUAGUACUCGCGUUGAAGGCGCCGAGCAUCUUACAAAUCUACUUGAUAUCCGAUCUCCUGUCUGCUGCUACAAUUCCGGUACUUAUGCUCGGAUUAUCCGAGAGAUUCUACUGGUGGCGGGGCUUCGAGGUAUUGGUUGGGGGGCUGGGUGGGAUAUUGUCCGUCUUUAUCUUCGGAACUAUAUACUAUGGCGACGCACAGCUAGGCGGCGAGCUCAUCCUCCUAGAACAGGGCCUAUACACCGGUGACUGGGGCGCAUUUGGGGCCUUUGUCGCGGCGCCUGUCGGGGGUUUGCUCUGGGGUUUUGGCGCGCUGGCAUUGAGAUUGGCAGUUCAACUGAUCCAAUCGAAGGUACGAGGUACUCCAUUCGAUGCGCUCGACCGCCCUAUCGCCAUAGUGCAGCCGGAAGAUUCUGAUGGCCUAGCCUCGGUGAGCGAAGAGGCGACUACGACUAAGAUAACCGGCAAGUUUUUCUAGAUUAUCUUGGAAGAGUAAAAGCUACGUCGUAGGCGCCGAUUCUAGGGUUGUUCAGAUCUGGUGAAGGGGGCUGGUGAGCGGGUAUGUGAGCAACGGAGGGAGAAGAGAGAGAAGAGGGAUUAGGAGUAUGAGAAUAGGCGAUAACGAUGAGUGGAGGAACUGUCGCAUCUACUAUACUAGGUAGUUAUAUGAACUAUAUCUAUGAAUACAUAG